AACGACGUUUCCUUGCCCGAGGCAAAUGACUGCAUGCGGACCAGCUGGCCACAGUCAAAUGGUUAGCUACCACCAGGCACCAGUUAUUCAAAAUUGUUGCUCUGCUCGUUUUCCAAAGUGGAUUUGAAGAGCAUGUUGUGUCACUGUAUAACUAUUUGACCGUGCCGAACAUUCUCGUGUGGCUGCCCUCGGCACUUUUCAAGUUUCGAUUCCAGCUUUUGUCACGGUUCAUCCCCCCGACUUCUGUGCGGGCUUCAGGAAAUCUGUCAGCUUCUGUUUCUUGGAACAGUUUUUUGCCAUGCCUGCCUCAGCAGGAAGGGUUCCUAUGCCUGAGGGCAAUCGCGUAUCAGUGUCGUCAAGUCUACGCACACAUGCGAUAUGGAGAGAUUCAGUAAAGUACGACCCUUAUGCUCCCGCUUCGGAAAGAGGAGAGAGCAAAUCGAAACUCAUCCACCUCGACGAGUUGCAGUUAAAAGCGCGUGAGCUCUUCAUGCUAGCCCGAUUGUCUGGCAGCAUUGCUCCGCGGGUCCCUGGUGCUUGUCGCAUUUGUCAUGAAGUUGGUCACCUGCCUCACCAAUGCCGCAACAUGAUAACUAUCUCGGACCGCAGCGAGGAGGCCGUAGCAACACAAGAAGCUGCCGUCAAGGUGUUGGUCGAAAACGACGAGAAGAAGCUUUGUGAAUCACUCGGCAUUGCUUACGAGGCGGCAAGCGAUGACGGUGCACACGCCACUGGUUCACUAAGCGAGACACCGUCCAGAGAAGGGCAUUCUGGUCCCUCUUCUUCCUCAUUAUUUUGGUACAAUCCUCUUGCGUACUGUGAUUCACACCACUCUCCAGACUCAAAAAAAGGACAGAAGAAGCGACGAAGGGACGAUCGUCACGUCAAGAGAAAAGACCUGAAGAAGCGCAAGCACCACCACAAAGACAAGAAAAAGUGAAAAUUUCCGAGGGUCAAGCGUAAUAUUCACAAGAUCAUAAAUCUGGAGAGACCAGGAGGCGAUCAGCACGUUUCACUGCUUUUGUGCUGCCAACUGGUAACGUGCAGCAGACUGAAAAUGCUCUUCAUUGAAGACUCCACGUAGAACUCAUUUGCCCCCAACAACCUAAGCGACGGGGGAAGUGGGAAUCCAUUCGUCUACAGGUGCAGUCAUGUAACAUUAUCUUUCGACCAUAAGGCUAUCUCAGUGACCAUUGUUUUCCUUUUCGGUCCAACACUUCUCAUUCCGCAGCCGGUGGCUUUCCAGUUUUGCUUGACCUUGUCCUGAAGUCUCAAAAUCACGGUUCAGCAAACAUGCGGAAGAUGCCUACGGGAACCCACUUGAUUUGUUCUCAGGGAGAACUGGCUACGUGAACGGAGCGAAGGGUUUCCCUUGCGCUUUUUUCCAACGAAACUGCCUCGGUUGAAGGGUUGUCAGCUUUCUGUUUGGCGGCCUUGCCACCGGAAAGCUUUCUGGAUUUUCCUUCUUGUCCCUCUUGCGAGACCGGUGGACCUGAACUAGCGUUAGGAUGACUUGUCUGUGUUUAUCAGCAGGCUUUGGUAUUUUGGUCGUGAGGCGGACCUGACAUUGUCAAAUGCUUGCUCAAUGAGACGGCUUCUGCGAUAGCCUC